UUUAUGCGUGUGUCCGGAAGGCAGUACUAGUAUAGAUUGUUUUCAAGCGUUAUUUCAAGAUGUCUGUUAUUUGAUAUCCGUGUUUCAGAUAUUUUGAUAUUGAAUAUUGAGGUUUAAGCAUUUCAGACUUCUUGUUUCGUUGCGAAAACUUAACCAGCUCGACUGCUGUUAUAUUAACCCUUUCAAGAUCUAUGAGCACCAUUCUGGUGUUGUAUGCACACCUGCAUAUCGAAUUUUGGAAUCUCGAUCCAUAAAGUACGUGUUCUGUGGAGCAAGAAUGUCGUUGACAGUACAGCAGAUUUUGAGUGAUGCCAAACGACUAGUCAGUCGAUUAAGAGAACAUGACACGUCUGCUGAUGCGUUAAUUGCACAAACACAAAUGCUUAAUAAACACAUAGAGUCUGUGAAAGUGAAUAACGAAGAGUUGACCGAAUUAACAACAUCAAUAGAACAACGACCUUUGUCACUUUGUACCCUGAAUGUCCAGCAAGAGAAUCGACACAUUCGAGAACUUCAGCAGGAGAAUCAAGAGCUGAGGUCUCUGGUCGAGGAGCAUCAAUCAGCACUGGAUCACAUCAUGAGGAAGUACAGAAAACUUGUCACUUCUCUUCUCGAGGAGAACUCUGUGAAAUGGGACAAACUGUGCAGCAGUGACUCAGAGAUGAUGCAGGAAAAGCUGGACCAGAUAUGCGAGAUGGUGGCAGUGAUGAGAAAAGCUGUUGAUGUCGAUGAAGUUGCAGAUAUUAAAAGUAAAGAGUUGUUGGCUCAGCUACAGACAGAGAACAAAGUUUUGAAAGAACUUGUAUAUCUGAGCAAGUCAGCUGGUUCACUGUCAAAUCUUUUACUGGAAACUGUAGAUGAAGAAGUUCAGACUGACUCUUGACAUCCUUCGCAUAGAAAUGAAAUGAAAUGAAGAAAAUAAGGCUUACAGAAUAGUCUGCUUUAAUAAGAUACACAAAUAAUCAUGAUCAGCUUUUUUAAAUCCCAACAUUAAUUGUUGGAAGGAACAACAGAUUUUUACUUUAUCAUGUUAAAAAUAUUAUACAUUGUUCCAUUAGGAGAGAAAAAAAUACCUAACCAACGGGUACAUGUUUACCACGUAGAAUGGAAGUGAACUGAUACACCUUGUUCAUUAGUGUCUGAUAACUUUUAUCAUUUU